UUCUGGGAAAAGGAGCGUCUGCUGAAGAGAGAGAGACAUACAGAGAGAGUCCGGACCGCAGAGCCCGGAGAGCAGACUGUGAACCUGAACCCUGACAGUCCGCAAACGCACCGCGGAGGAAACGCAACCGAGUUUUUUAAUCAUGGCAGGAGGGAAAAUGCGAUCCACUCGCAGACUGCGCUCCUGGAUCGUCGAACAGGUCAGCAGUGGGAAGUACCCGGGGCUGGUGUGGGACGACGAGGCCAAAACCAUGUUCCGCAUCCCGUGGAAACACGCCGGGAAACAGGACUUCCGCAAGGACGAAGACGCCGCCAUUUUCAAGGCGUGGGCAGAGUUCAAAGGCAAGCUGACGGACGGGAGUCAGGACAACCCGGCGUCCUGGAAGACCCGCCUGCGCUGCGCCCUCAACAAGAGUCCAGAGUUCAUGGAGGUGAUGGAGCGAGCGCAGCUGGACAUCUCGGAGCCCUACAAGGUCUACCGCCUGGUCCCCAUCAACGAGCAAGGAGUGGUGGUUCCCGAAAAGAAAUGCAGAGUGAAAGCCGCCAAGAGGCCGAAGAGGAGGAGGAGGAGCAGCAGCAGUGACUCGGAGAGCGACGAUGGCGGCGUGGGGAAGCAGAUAAAGACGGAGGAGGUCACGUCGCAGCUGUCUGUGGAAGAGACUCACGUCACCGUUCUGACAGAGGAACCGGCUCAGCACAGCAACGCCAUCCAGAGAGACGUGGUUGAUGAGAUCAGGUUGGACGUGCGGAUCGAGGAGAGCGUCGCCGCUCCGACGGAAGGCCAGGACUCCUUCAGUGUGGUGGUUCAUUAUUUAGGACAGGAGGUUCUCAAGCGUCAGAUCCAGGGCACUGAUGUCAGGAUAACGUACCUGCCUUCCUCUCUCGUCCCCCCGACUUCGGCCGCCCUGAAGGCCCGGUUUCCCCGCAUCCCGCUGCCGGAGCCGCCCUCCACGCUGCCGGUCGGCCAGGAGCGGCAGGCCCUCGCCACUCUGCUGCCCUUCAUGGAGAAAGGGGUGGUGCUGACCUCCACGCCGCAGGGAGUCUACGGCAAGCGGUUCUGCCAGGGGCGGGUCUUCUGGACGGGGCCGCACACGACCGCGCCGGGGCUGCACAAGAUGGAGAGGAACACGGAGCCGGUGAUGCUGUUCAGUAAAGACGCCUUCAAACAGCAACUGGAUAAUUUCCGUUCAAACGGCGGCGUGCCUCCUCAGUGCGGCGUCACUCUGUGUUUCGGGGAAGAACUGAGUAACACUGAAGACCCGUCUGGAAAACUCAUUAUUGUUCAGGUAAAGAUCACUUUACCGUGGGCGGAAGAGCAGGUCCAGACCGCCCAGUCCUUCAUCGAGUCCAUCAGCAUCCUCCAGUCUCUGGCCAGUCAGUCUCCGCUGGGAGAAAUAACUCUAAACCUGGUCAGCGUGGACUCUCCGAUGUCUGAGACCAUCAUCUGUGGCUCCUUCUGAGCGCCUUGCCCCAAUUAGAAAGGGCUUCAAAUUUCAACAUAAGAGACCUUCCUAACUUUGAAACCCAUUCUUGUGAUACAAAAGAAUACAGUGAGGAACAACUUCACUCUAAAUGCAUCAUCCAAAAUUAGUCUUAAAAAGAUUAAUUACUGAGUCCAGAGUCUCAGAUAAACACAUUAUAUAGCUGAUAGCCAAAUAAAAGCCAGUAGUUUAUGUGGUAAUUGUAUUUUGAGCCCAAACAGAUUUCUAGCACAUUUCACUUUCUUUUUUUUUUGUUGCCCUGAAACAAAUACUGGAGUUUCUGGGAGGGACUUUUGUUCCCCUCGUGUUCCUCGUAGACAUUAGUCAGCGUACUGGAAGCACUACAUGUAAACCAACACUGAGAAGUCGUCUUCAGAGCUGCAACCAAUAAGUCGACUGACAGAGUCCGAUUGUCUCUAUAUAACAGACAACAAAAUGAAAUGUUAGUUGCAGCUCUUGUCGUCUUUCUUCGCUGGGUUUUUUUUUUGCAGCCAGUAACGGGCCUCAAAGGUGCUGUGGAUGUUUAUUUUAAUGGGGGUCACAACCUAAAACAGGUUGGGAACCACCGCUCUCUGCAACUGUACAGUGCUGUACUCGUCGUCCUUGAAGCUGCAAAUAAUAGUCCAGUAGAGUAGUGAGCAAAAGAUGUAUCUUUGUUUUUUAAUGUGCUGCCUGUUAAUCUACUCAAAUCCAACUUUAGAUUAGUCAUUUCUUUUCACGUUAGUCUCUUUUGUGGGUAAACACAUUGAUACACGUACAGAUGUGUGUUGAUAGUCGUCCGGUGACAGGUGCUCAGUCAGAACCAAUCAAAGGACGAAGUCUUUCUAUACUCCGCUGUUAUUAUGUGAGAAAAACUAAUCUACUUUACAAGAGUGUACAUUUAGAUUAGUGUUUUAGAGAGUUACGCCAAAUUCGGACACUGCGGUAGACAAUUUUUAAAAGUUGGUUUGUGUAUGUGUGAGGGGGCAAACUGAAGUACAUUUCAAUACAGAAGUCUUGCAGUAAUUACAGGCUGCUGACGCUCAGAAUAUUUGGUUUUUGGGGGGGUUGUCAGAGGCAUUUAUACAACUCUUUUUUUAAAAGGUGGUAGUUUGGUGUGAUUUCCUGUGAGGUUUGUGUAUAUUUCCUCUUUUAAAAAAAGGACAUAAUGUUUGUAGAGUUUGCCACUAAUGCACCGCUCAGGCAGGGAAUACCGUACUGGAGGUUAGAAAAGGCAGCUACACACACACAAAGUACAAAGUGGCGAACAGAAGUGUCUUAGGCACUAUAAAGACAUUUAAUAAAUGGUUUAUAACUCACUAUAAUGUAGUUGUAUCCAUGUUUACAUACUGUACAACACAAACUACCACCUUAAUCAUGAUUCUCAACCUGAAUACCUCACAGUCUGACCAAAAACCUAACAUUUUAAGCCUCAACAAAUUUGUAUUUACUGCAGGGCUUCAGUAUUACAGUGCACACAGGAAUGACAAUAAUACAACAACAGAGCAUAACAUUGGACCAAAAAUACCACAGGUGCAUGGCAGUGGUGUUAAAAUGUGUUAUUAAGGUGGAUUUAAAUCAGCCUGGUGUUGGGUUGAACCACAACCACAAAGGCACACGGGGGGGGGGGGGGGUUGAGAGGGACUGUAAAUAUAUUGUUAUUUAUGCAUGUUCUAUGUUAUGUCCUGUCCAGUUUGGGAAAAUGCAUUAAAAAUAAACGGAUUCUUACACUCUG